AUGGUGCUUAACUCUUGGGAAAUACACUGCCUUGUUUCUCAGUGGUCCAGUCCCUCUGAAGUGCUGCACAGCUAUAAAUCAAAGGAGAUCUGGAUCGCUCCACCUCAGUUCUACGAGCUUGGACGCAUGUGCCGGUGUCCAGCUCUCGCAGAUCUCCAUCGCUUUGCCUGGCAGAGGUCUUUGGAGGGUUGCGAACAGUGGCUGCCUAUUCACCUGGUGGCGCCUGACUGCUUUGCAAGCAUUUUACCAGGGGAUGCUCUGUACCCGGAAAAAGUGGACCGUUCUGUUAAGAGCGGCGGCGUGAUGAAAACUGAGAAAAGUAUUGAAGAGCUCCAGCAGGACAGUGCAAACCUGCACCGUAUCGUCGGCCAGGAUCCAUAUUCAAUAACUGUCCGAAUGAACAUCACACCCAAGUAUAAACACCUGUCUCCUCUCUUCGGUACAGAUGUGGACAACCCCUCCAAAAACCAAAGUAAACUCUGACACUUACCUUCCA